AUGCCGAAUAACCAAGAAACACCAACAGAUGAAUUAAUCAAUAAAGCUAAGAAAAGUUUAUCAAAAGUUAUUAUUGCACCUCGUACCGUCUUUGGUGAUGCAACUGUUUAUAAUUUUGAUUAUGAAAAUAAGAAAAAUUAUUUCAUUUGUUUAUAUGAGUUUCCUGGUGCAAUAUUGAUUCAUCCAUCGAAAAAAGUUACACACGGUAUCUUGGCAAUGCAUUGUGGUCGAACAAAUGUUUUAAAUGAUAAAGAAAAUCCAAUUAUUAUUACAACUGGUAAUACAAAACCAAAUUCAUGA